UAAAGAUGGCGGCGCCCAGAGCGGCGGCGUGAGAGUUGGCGGCGGCAGACGCGGUCGAGUCGUGCUGGGAUCCCGGGAGGACCGUGCAAGCAUGUCGCGGCUGAUCGUGAAGAACCUCCCGAACGGGAUGAAGGAGGAGCGAUUCCGGCAGCUGUUCGCGGCCUUCGGCACGCUGACCGACUGCAGCCUCAAGUUCACCAAAGACGGCAAGUUCCGCAAGUUCGGCUUCAUCGGCUUCAAAUCUGAGGACGAGGCCCAGACGGCCCUGAACCACUUCAACAAGAGCUUUAUCGACACGUCCCGGGUCGCGGUGGAGUUCUGCAAGUCCUUUGGGGACCCGACGAAGCCCCGAGCCUGGAGCAAGCACACCCAGAAACCAAGCCAAGCCAAGCCGCCUUCCCAGGAGCCGGCUCCCGUAGAAGCUAAGAGGGACAAGAAGACAAAGGUCCCGAGUGGGCUGGGGAAGCUGAAGGAAGAUGCCGAGUUCCAGGAGUUCCUGUCAGUUCACCAGCGGCGGGCGCAGGCAGCCACGUGGGCGAACGACGCGCUGGGCGCGGAGCCCCUGAAAGCGCAGCGCAAGGCAGCCGAUGACUACUUGAACUUCGACUCGGAUUCAGGGCAGGAGAGUGAGGAGGAGGGAGCCCGGGCGGACGUGGAAGAGGAGGGAGGUCCAGAACCCAAGGCAGCCGCCCGCAAGGAGCUGUCGGACAUGGACUACCUGAAAUCCAAGGUGGUGAGGGCCGGUUCUGCCUCUUCUUCCUCUUCGGAGGAGGAGGAGAGUGAGGAUGAAGCAGUCAACUGUGAUGGAGGGAGUGAGCCUGAGGAAGAGGACCCGCCCACCGCCGCCACCCCCCAGGGAAGAGAGAGCGGGGGCGCCGGCCAGGAGCCAGGGGCCCAGCCUGGGCAUCGGCGAGCCCCGGAGGCCAGAACCCAGGCGGAGAAGCCAGCAAACCUGAAGGAGCCCACCACGCCCCACACUGUGAAGCUUCGGGGAGCCCCAUUCAACGUCACAGAGAAAAACGUUUUGGAAUUCCUGGCACCCCUGAAACCUGUGGCCAUUCGCAUCGUGAGAAACGCUCACGGGAACAAAACAGGGUACGUCUUCGUGGAUUUCAGCAGCGAAGAAGAGGUGAAGAAAGCCCUGAAAUGCAACAGGGAGUACAUGGGCGGCCGCUACAUCGAGGUGUUCAGAGAAAAGCCCGUCCCCGCGACGAAGGGGGCGCCGAAGAGCAGCGCCCGGCCCUGGCAGGGCCGCACGCUCGGGGAGAACGAGGAGGAGGAGGACCUGGCCGACUCCGGCAGGCUCUUUGUGCGGAACCUGCCCUACACCAGCACCGAAGAGGACCUAGAGAAGCUCUUCUCCAAAUACGGGCCCCUGUCGGAGCUGCACUACCCCAUCGACAGCCUGACCAAGAAGCCCAAGGGCUUUGCCUUCGUCACCUUCAUGAUGCCCGAGCACGCGGUGAAGGCCUACGCAGGAGUGGACGGGCAGGUGUUCCAGGGCAGGAUGCUCCACGUGUUGCCGUCCACCAUUAAGAAGGAAGCCAGCGAGGAGGCUGAUGCCCCGGGGUCGUCGUCUUACAAGAAGAAGAAGGAGUCCAAGGACAAGGCCAACAGCUCCAGCUCUCACAACUGGAACACGCUAUUCAUGGGGCCAAACGCCGUGGCCGACGCCAUUGCACAGAAGUACAACGCCACCAAGAGCCAAGUGUUCGACCACGAGACCAAGGGCAGCGUGGCCGUGCGCGUGGCCCUCGGGGAGACCCAGCUGGUGCAGGAAGUGCGGCGCUUCCUCCUGGACAACGGCGUCAGCCUGGACUCCUUCAGCCAGGCUGCAGGCGAGCGGAGCAAGACGGUGAUCCUGGCCAAGAACCUCCCGGCGGGCACCCUGGCGGCCGAGCUGCAAGAGACCUUCGGCCGUUUCGGCAGCCUGGGCCGCGUGUUGCUGCCCGAAGGCGGCGUCACAGCCAUCGUGGAGUUCCUGGAGCCCCUGGAAGCCCGCAAGGCCUUCAGACAUCUGGCCUAUUCCAAGUUCCACCACGUCCCCCUGUACCUGGAGUGGGCCCCGGUUGGCGUCUUCUCGGGUGCAGCUCCACAGAAGAAAGGGCUGCGAGACACACCCGCGGAACCUGCAGCAAAGGACGCGGUAGAGCCGGAAGCCGUGCCGGACAGCAAGAGCCCAGAAGGUGAACAGCCGUCAGAGGAAGGAGCAGAUGGCCCGUCAGCCAAGAUGGAGGAGGAGGAAGAGGAGGAGGAGGAGGAGGAGGAGGAGAGCCUCCCAGGGUGCACUGUGUUUAUUAAGAAUCUCAACUUCAGCACAACAGAGGAGACGUUGAAGGAGGUGUUUUCCAAAGUGGGAAUGGUGAAGAGCUGCUCCGUCUCCAGGAAGAAGAGCAAAGCAGGAGAGCUGCUUUCCAUGGGCUUUGGGUUUGUGGAGUACCGGAAGCCGGAGCAGGCCGACAGAGCCCUCAAGCAGCUUCAGGGUCAUGUCGUGGAUGGCCACAAGCUGGAAGUGCGGAUCUCAGAACGGGCCACCAAGCCAGCCCUGACCUCGGCUCGGAAGAAGCAGGUUCCCAGGAAGCAGACGACAUCCAAGAUCCUGGUGCGGAACAUCCCCUUCCAGGCUGACAGCCGGGAGAUCCGCGAGCUCUUCAGCACCUUCGGGGAGCUGAAGACCGUCCGCUUGCCCAAGAAGAUGACCGGGACAGGCACGCACCGAGGCUUCGGCUUCGUGGACUUCCUCACCAAGCAGGACGCCAAGAGAGCCUUCAGCGCCCUGUGCCACAGCACCCACCUGUACGGCCGCCGGCUGGUACUCGAGUGGGCCGACUCGGAGGUGACCCUGCAGGCCCUGCGGCGGAAGACGGCGGAGCACUUCCACGAGCCCCCGAAGAAGAAGCGGUCUGUGGUGUUGGACGAGAUCCUGGAGCAUCUGGGAGACAGUGGCAGCGACGGCGAGGAGCCAGCCCUUCCGCUGUGAGCGGCAGCGCCAGGGGCUGCUGAGCGGGCCCCACCCGCGUCUGUCCAGGGAUGUGCACGGCGUGGCUGUCCCGCGCCGCCCUCCACACUCGCCCGAGGAGGCCUCCAUGCCUGGACGCCGGUCUCAGCACAGGCUGAGGGCCCCACGAAGAGCAUCAAGGGCUCGUCCCAGGCCGGGAGCGCCGGGGGCACCCACCUCGUCCCGGGCAGGACCUGUGCGGGCCCCGACCGGAUGGCAGGCGUGGAUGAGAAGCAGCCGGAGUCACGGCCUGUGUGCCCUUGACCUGAACCCAGGACGGCGGCUCCCAGCCGUGUGGUCUCCGAUGUUCUUCCCGUAAACUGUAGACGGCCCUGCAUUAAACGGUCCGCACCAGGGCCCGGAGAAGGUGCCGCUCUGACAUCCUUCCCCUGCUCAGCUGGGAGCUCUCGGGGAGCCUCAGACUUGGCCCACAGCUUGGCCGGGCGUUGUCCUGGGGACACCAGUUCUAACCUUCACCCAGUUUCCAGAGUGGCCUGGGCCCCAGGCGCAGCCCCGGUGUGGGCAGCCGGGUGAGGCUCACCCAGGGAACGCACACAAACCACAGCCCCGGGUGCCUCGCUCCCCACCUUCCUCCACCCUGGACCCGGCCACCCUCUCCAGCCCCGGGAGCACGAGCGAGGGGCCUCACCUCCGCGGCCUCGAGCACCUCGUAUUUAACACGGGCUGGCGGAGACAGCGUCCCAGGCCCUGACCCACAGACUGUGUCCAGAGCCCUCCAGGGCCUUCCUGUGCCCCUCUCCUCGCCGGUGCCAGGGCCCGCCCGGCCCACCUGCCUGCUGCCGCCUCACUGCACCCUGGCCUCCCACAGAGCACCUUCCCACCCCAGGGCCUCUGCUCCUGCUCUUCCCACUCCCCAGGUCCCCUCCCCACAUCUCCUGGUUGGCUCCUGUGUUUGUCCACCGAGAUCUUAGUUUGGAUUCCACUUGCUCCCUGGGAGAGACAGGAGACAGCCUGCAGCGGCCCCCUCGGCUCCUCCCCACACCCAGUGCUGGCUGCCCUGGCCCUCGUCCCCUAGUCCUGUCCCCCGCUCACGGUGCUUAGUGCCAACAACAGCCUGGAGUGUGCACAGGGUCUCCGUGAGCCUGGCUCUGACCGGUCAGGGGCGGUGCGUGCAGCAUGCGUAUGAACAUGUACGGGGCACGGGUCCCUCGGCGCCUUGGAGCCGGGCCAGCAGGAGGCCAGCGUCGUCACCAGGGAGUAGGGCCCAGGGGCUUUUCUGGACGUCAGUGGUCCCAGGCACGAGCUGUUGAGUGAGAGGCUGGUGUGGGGCCGGAGGCGGGCUCCUGUGUGAUCAACGUGGGGAAAGGGCCCCAAGGCCUGGAGGCUGGGCCUGGGGGUGGAGGUGAGGCAGCCACGCCCCCAGGGCCCAGGAGGGAGCCCUGUGGGGAGACGGGACCUCCAGAGGGGCCAAGUGUGACCGCGAGGGGUGGGGCACAGCACGCACAGGCCCUGGGUUGGGGGCCUCGGUUGGAGUCUCAUGGCUCUCAGCGUCUCUGAGCCUUACCCUUCAUGUCCUUGAAAUGGGUGCACAGGCUCCUGCCUCCCUGGCUUUUCUCAAUAAACAGCACAGACCGGAAGCGCUUGGCAGACUGCCCGGUGGACCGCUACGGCAACAGCGCUGUCAUUGCCAUCAGACACCACCGUGCGGCGCUCCCCCAGCAAACACCCAAGGAGCUGGCAGUUGCCUGUCACCCACCCCCUCCGCGCCCAGGGACAGAGGUCAGCCCGAGGUGUUGAGACCGCGAGCCACUGCCCUCACAUUCCUGGUGCGUCCCCGGCAUCGCACCUCCGUGGCCUGGUAGCAGAAUUGUCUGUGACUCGGGGCCGGGGGCAUUGCUGUGUGGCCAGCCCACAGGCGUGUGCAAAGCAGGGACCGGGCCCGGGCUGUGGAGUGCAGGCCGGUUCACUUCCGGCCUGGAUACGCACCCUGGUGCAGUGCAGCCACCUGGCGCCCAGGCCAGGGCUGGCAGUGAGCCUGCAUCCACGUGGAGGCCGCCCCCGCCACUCAGCAGGCCCACAGAGGCCCCACCCUCCUGCGUUCCGCAGACACCCGGCACCCCGACUCAAGGACAGAGACCCGGGUCCCCCACACAGGCCUCCCCCGGGCAGCCCUGACUGGGUGGACACAGGACAGGACCCACGCGGCGGGCGUGGCCUCCCUGCCUCGGGCGGCAGGCGUCUGGGAGGGGAUUAGCCGGGCCGGGCUUGCUUUUCGACGUCUAAUUCAAUUUGUUCUGCUCAGAGUGAAAUGCGAAAUGGUUGCCAGUCAAACGUUCAAAGGACCGGGAAGGGAGAGGGAGGCCUGCUGAAAUUUAAAUUUUAAUGAAAAUGACUUUAACCCUUUGCUGCACCUGGCAGAGACUGCACACGCACACGCACACGCGUGCCUUCCGUGACCAAAGCCUUCCCGCUCGGCCCCGCUGAUAAAGCGGGAUCAUUCUCCCAGCAGCAUUUUGACGGGAGACGAAUAGGAACGCCGCUCCCUGAGGACACAUCCACCCGGCGGCCUCGGCCGUUGCAGUGGGCGCCUUCCCGCGGGUGACCCAGCCAUGCCCAGCCCUGGGCGAGGCUCCCCUGAGCCCGCGAGCCUCCGUGGCCCCCCCGCUGCUCUAGGUGCUUGUCCGUGCUGUGGUCUCACGCGCCCUUGCUGUGAUCCUGUGCUCCACGAGGGCCGGGCCCAGGCCUGCUCUGUGCACCCAGCCUGUAGUAGGUGCUCACUGAAUCCCGGGGGAAGGCAUGGGCGGCUCCGGCUUUCUCCCCCGAGCAGCUGCAGGAGGUGGGAUUAUGGGAUAUGGAACAGCAGAGCCUCAGCUGGAGGCGUUCCCAAGAUAACCCUGCACGGAGGACUGGCACCGGCCCCGUCUGCCAGGAGGAGUGGGCAGGGGGCCAUGUGCAGGCCCAGACGUGCCGCAGGGGGACGAGGACUGAAGCAGGGGGUGGGGAGAGGGGCAGAAGCUGACGCAGUAGCCAGGAGAGGCGGCAGUGCCUUGGAGCAGGGAGGUGGCCGGGGCAGCCGAAUGGAUGUGCUUAAGGUCUGGCCACGGGGUGUGCACAGCCAGGGGGAAGGGGAAAGCGAGUGUUAGCAUAUCCGGAACCCGGCCAACCCCAGGGGGAGCUGUGCCCGCAGCCAGGGCAGGGCCAGGCCAUCGGCCCCAUGGGUGGCAGUGGCCCAAGCGCUUGAGCCAUCAUCUUCUGCCUUCCAGAACACGUUAACAGGAACCCGGGCCAGAGGCGGAGGUGCUGGGGUCCAAGCAGCCCCUUAACCCAGACCUGCUGGGCUGGAGGUGACAGGUGGCCGUCUGCAGAGGUGUCGCGGGCAGGAGUGGGGCUGAGCGGAAGGCAUGAUGGGAAAUCGCCCCUUUUAAGGGCUAUGAGAGCCGGUGCCGCGGCUCAAUAGGCUAAUCCUCCGCCUGCGGCUCCGGCACACUGGGUUCAAGUCCUGGUUGGGGUGCCGGAUUUUGUCCCGGUUGCCCCUCUUCCAGGCCAGCUCUCUGCUAUGGCCCGGGAAGGCAGUGGAGGAUGGCCCAAGUGCUUGGGCCCUGCACCCCAUGGGAGACCAGGAGAGAAGCACCUGGCACCCGGCUUCGGGUCAUCGCGAUGUGCCUGCUGCGGCGGCCAUUGGAGGGUGAACCAACAGCAAAGGAAGACCUUUCUGUCUGUCUCUCACUGUCCACUCUGCCUGUCAAAAAAAAGGGGGGGGCUAUGAGAGGCAGCGUGGAGGACGCGCAGCCCUUUGUUGGUGGAGUCAGGACACCCUAGCAAGCUCAGAACACGUUCAUUUUGAAGGCUCUUCUAGAUGCUUCUAACUCCGCCUCUGCUGCUUUGUCCAAAGCCGGAGUGCCGGGGCUUCCAGCUCUCCCUUCCCUCGGCACUAACACUCCCGGGCAGAGCAUCGACCUCAUGGGUACCUCAAAUCUGUAGCCAGCUGUAGUCUCGGCUUCUCCAGGCUCCGUAGGGGUGUGGUGGGUUACUCUGAAGAAAGCUUAAGACCACGAACGCAACACAGCAGACGCCGUGGGAAAGGGCGUGAGUGACGGGUCGGGGUUGGCCGACUCCGGCGCCUGGGCCGCAUCCGGCUGCUGCCUGUUUUUGUAAAUAAAGUUUUAUUGAGAC